CGUUGAAAUGACACCGUGGGAAAGCUGAGGGCUUCAAACGGGCGAGACUUGGGCAGACGCACGUCUGGAAGACACGACAGGAACACCGAAGGACUAUUGUGGACAAAUCAAAAUGAAGAGGAAUCACGAUUUCAGCUCCUCGGACAGCGAGAUGGAUGAGACUAUUGAGGUGGAGAAGGAGAGCGCAGACGAGAAUGGCAUGAGCUCUCCCCUCGGGUCCAUGUCUCCAACUACAACAACAACUCAAGUGCAGGCGAGGAAAAGGCGUCGAGGAAUAAUUGAGAAACGGCGCCGUGACCGCAUCAACAACAGCCUGAGCGAGCUGCGCAGGCUGGUCCCCAGCGCCUUCGAGAAGCAGGGCUCCGCCAAACUGGAGAAAGCAGAGAUUUUGCAGAUGACUGUCGACCAUCUAAAGAUGCUUCACGCUGCUGGAGGCAAAGGUUAUUUCGACGCCCAUGCCCUGGCUAUGGACUAUCGUGGUUUGGGUUUCAGGGAGUGCCUGGCCGAGACGGCCCGUUACCUGAGCAUAAUCGAAGGAUUGGACAGCGCGGACCCCCUGCGCAUCCGUCUGGUCUCCCACCUGAACAACUAUGCCAGUCAAAGAGAGGCUCACUCGGGCCUCAGCCACCUGGCCUGGGGCUCUGCGUUCGGAUCCCCUCCCGCCCACCUGACGCACCCCCUCCUCCUACAGCACCAGCAGGGGGCCCCGUUGGCAGCUCUGACCCGCAGCAGCACCAGCAGCCCCCAGACCCCUCUGUCGUCUACAUCCACCUCGUCCUCCUCCUCCUCCUCAUCGUCUUCUUCAUCCUCGUCGGUUGCAGAGACUCACGCCCCGAGCCGGCGCAGUGGCAGCGCCACCCCCCACUCGGAUCAAGGCCCGAUCCGGGUUCCCGCCACCACCGCGGCCCCCGUCAGCGUACCGCACCCGGCCCUGGUGUCCUCAUCAGUGUCCAAGCUGUCCCCUCCUCUCCUCUCCUCCCUCUCUGCGUUCCCUUUCCCCUUCAGCGCCUUCCCCAUCAUCUCCCCCGCCAUCGGCGCCCCGGUCCCCACAUCCAGUGUGGGUAAACCCUACAGACCCUGGGGGAUGGAGAUAGGAGCGUUCUGACUGAGAUGAAAACCUCAUGUCAAUUUCCUCAAAGACUCGAGCUGAGCUGGACUUUCAAGGACGAUACUUUUUAUAUUCCCAGCUUAGAAAGUACUAUUUUAUUCCAUGGCGUUGACAUCACACAGAGAUUUUUACCUUUUUAUUGCCAAUGUAUUGUCCUAUUUUUUACGAAAGAGAAAAACCGUGAGGAAGGGGGACAAUGUCUAAAAAGCAACAAGAGCGAUUUAAUGCUACUGAUCUCUGCCUUCCCCCCCCCCACCCCAUGCCCCUCUCCUCAUUCAGGAGUGUCACCCACUGCUGUCAGCAUAGCUGGAAUGUUUUUUUCCAGAUGGUCUCCCAUCAAGUUCCUUGCUGAAACUGUCCCCCCCUUUGUUUUCCCUAUGCGCUGAAGGACCCAGUGUCGGUGCCCUGGUUACAGAGGGAAGGGAGGAGGGGGUGUCGAGGGGGGCGGGAGGUGGGGGGGGCUGAAGUGGUGAAAUGUCACCCCCUUUUUUCAGCCUUUUAUGGGGUGGAAUAAGCAAAACCAGGUGUUUGCUUGACAAAAUACUGGGGACGUAAUUUAGCUACCGGCCUGGUUGGAAUAAACGUGAUUUACCUACGACCUCUGAGGUUCGCAUGGCGCUCCAUUGUUUAGGCUCGCUUCUUUAAUUUAUGUUUCCUGUCCACAGUACAGUUGACAGCGGAAGCUUCACAUAUGUUGUACCAGCUGUUCUAGGUUUCUUUUGGAUUUCUUAUGUAACUGAUGCUUGGUUGAUAUUAUCACAGUUAUUUUCUUGUAAAAGUAGCAGCAUUAUUGAUCUGUAAUCAUCAAGAGGGAGCUCUAUUGUAUGUGCCACAGUAGAACAAGGCAUAACAAUCCAGUUUCCUGCGGUUCGCCUGAUAAUCUUGUGUCUCGUGGUAAUUCUCACUGUUUGAGUUUGUAUAUUUUAUGGUUGGACAAAGAACAAGCAAGGACUGACCAAUCAGAUUGCUCCGCUUUUCAGAGUUGUCACUGGCAUUGAUGCCAUCUUCCCUGCAAUAAAAGAGUUCUGUAAAAUCA